AUGUCUGAAUGUUCCGAGCCUGGAUGCGUGAAGAGUUUCCAAACAUUUUCAGAGCUCGAGUCACAUUUGGACGUAGCGAAUCAUUGCGUCAAAGAUGAAAGGCCGUCAGAAACGCCAUAUGAUAAGCUUCGUAGAGAUUGGGUAGACAGGUUUAUUACAUCAGUCAACGUCACUGAAAAUGAACCGUCUGAACCUAAUAUCCACCAAAGUGAAAAUGUCUCAAUACCCGCGUUGCACACCGUCAUUAUGGGUUGGGCCCUACACUGGCCACGAACAGGAUCCACUAGAUUCAGUGACAAAGUUAAGAAAUAUCUAACUGCAAAGUUUGACCUAGGGGAACAAUCAGGCUAAAAGCUGACCCUCAGCAAGUCUCAAAUAAUAUGAGCAAGACAAGAGAUGAGUAGAAUAGAAGGUUGUUUGAAUGAGACGAGUGGUUGACCAAGAGCCAAGUACAGGGUUACUUUUCUCGCCUUGCAGCAAGCAGAAGAAGGCAAAAAGCACACUCAGAAAUCGAGCACAAUCCAAAGGAACUAUUUCUGGGGGAAAAAGGAGCUGAAAGACAACAGCUGAUGGCGCACAUUUCUAACGAACUGAGGCCGCAACACCCUCUAUCUUACGACGCCUUUAACUUGUGCGAGUGUGCGAGGGAUAAUAAGCUGAGUCUUUUUAAUGUUUCACUGCUUAAAGAAAUCUUGCCCUUUUUUGAAAUACCAUUUAAAUCAAAAGACAGGAAAAAAAACCUGAUUGAGCAACUGAUGUCCUUUAUACAAGAAUGUCAUUGCUUUAAUGAAGUGUAA